CGCUGCAAAAAAAACCGAUUGCAGAACCCACCUGGCCCCCUGGCAUCGUUCUCCAGUCUGUAUCCAAAUUCUAAAUCAUUGUACGUCGAAACAUGUCAUCCCCUGUACGACUUACGGUAGAAGAUUUCGGUACCCUGACGGACGAGCAGGGCCAUCGUGUGUUGGUGCAAAAGUUUACCUGGCAAACGGCGGCCGGACUGAAGCUGUGUGUGCUGAACCUGGACGCGGCCAUCAUCGAACUGUGCGCACCGGACCGCAGCUGGAGCAGCAGCGCCAACGUGCUGCUGGCCGCCGACAGUCUCGACGAGUACCUGCAGCUCGAUCCGACCCUCGCCUGUGCCGCACACUUCGAGCAGGGCUGGCCAAUGCUGACGAGGAACGGGCUGCGCCAGAACGCGGCCGGCUGCCGUACGGUCGAUCUUAACCGUGUGUGGCACUCGUUCGUAGACGAAACGCGGCUCCAUCUAAGCUUGGUGCACAAAUCCCCGACGACGCAUCAUCGCAGCACGUUCGCCACGGUCACCAUCUGUGUGGAGGCUGCGAAUGUGGUGCGCAUUCAGUACCAAACCUGCUGCACUAGUGGCGGACUGUACCGGUUGGCCCAUCGGUUGCUGUUCAAUCUGGCCGGACAUGAUGCUGGAGCGGCCGGAACAUUCGAGCACGUGUUGCAACUGAACGCUGACUCGUACGUCGACGAGAGGCGCAAUCUACGUGCGGCAGGCGAAAAUUUCACCGAUCUUCGUAUCGCGCAACAUCUCGGCCUGAGUCUGUACAAGGCCCGUAACGAGGGGCUGGAAGGGGCGGACGGUGUGCGGGGGAUUUACAGCCUCAACAACGCGGCCGACGAUGGGUUUGCCGUGCGGCUGAUCCACACCGGUAGUGGUCGUGCGAUGGAAAUGUACUGCGACUUUCCGUGGAUGCAUUUUUCCACCCUGGACCAUCUGCCAGCGGGAGAGCGAACGAUCGUUCCGUUUUACACACGCGAAGGUAUACGGCGCGUUUCGCUCGUGUUCGAUCUGGAAAAGUUGAUCCUGUCCAUUGUGGAUGGGUCGGAAGAGGAAACAUCAAGCCAGGAAGAGACACAAGCACUGGAACCAUCCGAAAGUGAGGAUAUUAAAGAAGAUCGACAGGAAGUGUCUACUUAUGCCCCUGGACGGUUCGUCAAAAACGAUGGCUUUCUAAUACAUCCGCUGGCGUGUCCUUUCCGGGUAAAGGCACAGGAAAACAUCGGUACCGAUGCAAGGGACAUCCAACCACCUUCACCACCGAACCCCUGUCCCGCCCAAGCCCCUGUGCCCUUUAUCGGGCAUGUAACGCUCAAGUUCGGUAUCUGCAAACCGCUCUCGCCCGAACCCACUGAGCCACCAUCGGCCACCGUCCACUAAUUGCUUCAAUCGAAAUGAGUAGAAACUAAUCAGCACCAGUUCCACGAAUCGGUGAGUUGAACGGAAAUUUCAAAUUACUUUCCAAAGUAACCCGCGCUCGAGGUGAAUAAAUAACGAAACAUCGAACUCAUCGGGGCGGGAACUGAAUUUGAUUGCUGUCGGAAUGGCACAAUCGAUAGGGAUUGUGCCGAUUUUCAUGAAUGCAAGACGUACGGACCGAGAAUCUAUCAUCAUUCCGGGACGGGCGAUACGCGCUCUCGAUGUGUACCAGGCUUCUCGUUUAACAGUGUGCGAUGUAAGUGUUGAUGCAUGCAAGCGUUAUUAAUAAA